UCCCGCCAUUCCUUAAAACACCGUAAAAACCAUUACCAAAAAUCAAAGCUUUGAAAAUGGCAACUAUUUUAUCGACAACACCAAUUGCAAUUCGAUUAUUCUCUUCAAAUUCACAGCGUUAUCCGUGUUACUUGCAUAGAGCAAUGAGAACUGGGCAAACAGGGAUUCACAUUCAGAAGCAUUAUCAAAUUUCUUUCAUAUUCAACAAGAGCAGGAAAAAAUUGAUACGUGCAGUCAGUAAAGAUGCUGAGGAAUCUUUCAAAAAGACUGUGGAGGUGGAUAAGCUUAUAGAUACACUGAGGGAGGCAAGUGAUAAGGAACUGCCACAGCUAGUUGUGGAGAACGUUCUCGCUUUCAACGAGAGCUUUUGGAUAAGACUUGCAGCUAGAGCAGACACCUGCAAGUCUGACGAUGACAAAAAAGACUACGAGGAGCUGGCGUUGUCGGUAAUGAACAUCGUAGAUCGUCUUGUUCACAAGACAAAAGAAAAGAUAGACUCGUCUACUGAUGUGCUCAAAGCAAUCCUAGAACCUGUGCUUGAUGAAGUAGAAGAAAUUUCUUGGCCUGUUAGGGAUCCUGAGGCUCUCAGUCUUAUGGAGAAAGAAAUAAAUCAAAGGGAGCAAGAAGGCCAACUUGAUGAAGGGUUCCUCUCAGAAGUCAAUGCACAGCUGCGGCAAGCUAAAAAAGACGGGGACAAGCCAGGACUUGAAGCUAUGUUACAAAAAGUUCUGCAAUUGUAUGCUUCCAGAGUGCUGUCAAAGCGGAGUUAUGCAAAAAAAGGAAAUGAAGUGUUAAAAGCUGAACAGUUUCUUGAGAGCAUUAUCAAAGCACCAGAGGAAGAAUGGAACAAGCUCUUGAUAGAUGGCAUGACCAUUGGAAAAGGUGAUAUUUCACCUGAGGAAUUGUAUGCUGUUAUUAAGAAGAGAAUGGAAAGGACUUUGAUACGUACGGAGGGAGGUUCAUACCAGCAGCGAGUUCUGAUUGAGUAUCUGAAAGGUAUUGAGGCAAGAGCGGGGGAGAUUGUCAAAGUACUCCAAGGUUGAGAUAUGGUAGUAAACUAGUAAUUACACCUGGAGGCACCAUAAGCCCGCAUUAUUUAUAUGAAAAGAUGAUGAUAUUCGUCUAUAUAUCGUCAUUUCUCUACCACGCAUUACUGAGCAGCAAACUUUAUGAAGCAAUCUGAGAUCCACAGUCGAUCCCCUUGAGUUAUGAGGUCUCUAUCACGUUUCACAUCUUCCAUUUUUGUCCCAUUGUUUCUAUUAUUUUUUUCUCCGCUCAUGUCUAGUUUUUAUCCAAUUUCUCUUCUCCUGCCUCCUGUUUGGCCCCUUGUACAUUCUCUAACCUGUAAGUAUCCGGCAUCGCAAGUUUUUCUGAGUGCAAUAACACAAUGUGGCAGUGCAGUUUGGCAAUUUUAACUUGAAUGCCGUUUGCAUGGCCUACAUUAAUCUGUUGUAAACUGGUGGAACUGUACUCCAUGUCCUCGAUUAAUGAAAUCUAUCAAUUGGUUUUGAUUUCAUAGUUAA